GAGCACCUGAAGGCGGCGGGUUCGUGGGUAGCGUUUGACAGGCGGUUGAGCUUGCGGGCUCAUGGCCGCGUGUUCCGUGGACAGCUGGUCUGUGCUCACUGGGCCUUCGAUUCAGCUGCAUGGACGUCCGAAACGUUGCGGUGCUAGCGGCAUCACGGGGUGGAGGGACCCACGGGAAUGAGUCUGCGGAGCUGGGGAGGAUGCCUUGUGAGUGUCAGAAGGAAGGAAAGGCGGAGCGCAGCAUCGUCUUGAUUUCCAGGGCAAAUGCUAAGCCCUGGCGUAGCAUUGUUCAUUUCCAGUCUCGUCUGAACAUCCCUCAUCUUGCAAGGGGAAUUGUGCUGGAAGGGUUAAUUCCCACUUCCUAGACGAUCUGAAAGGAAGCGUUCACCGACAGAAAAAGCACAUGGGAGCUAAGUAAGAUUUUUCCCCUUAACUUUUUCCCUAUCUAGAAGUCCUCGUCUCAGAAGUGACGUCCGCCCUCUGCGCAAUGGUUGCCGUCUGAACGCAGGGCUACCUGCGGGGCUCAGACCGUUGUGUGGACAAGGGGAUCUUACAGAAGAAAUGCUAAUUCUCCAGCCGUUUCCUGAGGCGUCCGGUUGUGCCCCAUGGAGAUCCAAUUCGGAUGUGACUCUCAAGAGCGUCACCUUCUGUCAGAUGGUGAGACAAAGAUCAAGAUUGGAGAGCCAGCUUCUGAGGAGGAAAUGACAGGAAGCUUUGAAACGUUGACUCAGGAAUGUUGCAGCCUCACAGAGGAUGUUCUCGAGAAUUCCAAAGGCAAAGAAUUCCAUGAACUGGGGGAUGGAUUGAACGACCAGAACCUCACAGAGAGAACACAGUAUGCCUGCGAUGAAUGUGACCAAAGCUCUGCUUGGAAUACAGGUCUCAUUGGGCACCAAAGAACUCAUUGGGAGAAACCUUAUGAAUGUGAUGAAUGUGGAAAGGCCUUUCGUAUGAGCUCAGCCCUGGUUCUGCAUCAGAGAAUCCAUACUGGAGAGAAACCCUAUCCUUGUAAUUGGUGUAUUAAAAGCUUCAGUCGGAGCUCAGACCUUAUUAAACAUCAAAGAGUCCACACAGGUGAAAAACCUUACAAAUGUAAUGAAUGUGGGAAAGCCUUCAGCCAGAGCUCAGAUCUUAUUAUACACCAGAGAAUGCACACAGGAGAGAAACCCUACCAAUGUAGUCACUGUAGGAAAAGUUUCAGUCAGCGCUCAGACAUGGUUAAACAUCAGAGAAUCCACACUGGAGAGAAGCCUUACAUGUGUAACCAGUGCAACAAACAUUUCAGUCAGAGCUCUGAUCUUAUAAAACAUCAAAGAAUCCACACUGGGGAGAAACCGUAUAAGUGUGAUGUGUGUGGGAAAGCCUGUGGUCAGAGCUCCGAUCUUAUUCUGCACCAGAGAAUCCACACCGGGGAGAAGCCAUACCCGUGUGCUCAGUGUAGCAAAAGUUUCAGUCAGAAUUCAGACCUUAUUAAACACAGGAGGAUUCACACUGGAGAGAAGCCGUAUACGUGUAGCGAAUGUGGGAAGGCUUUUAACCAGAGCUCAGUCCUUAUUCUGCACCAGCGGAGUCACACUGGAGAGAAGCCCUACCCAUGCGGUCAGUGCAUCAAAACCUUCAGUAGGCUUUCGGAUCUUAUUAACCAUCAGCGGAGUCACACCGGAGAGAAGCCUUUCCCAUGCAGUCAGUGCAGUAGAACGUUUAGCAGAAGGUCAGACCUUGUGAAACAUUAUAGAAUCCACACUGGUGAGAAGCCCUAUGAGUGUGAUGAGUGUGGGAAAAGUUUUAGCCAGAGUUCCAACCUUAUUCUCCACCAGAGAAUCCACACUGGAGAAAAACCGUACCCUUGCAGCGGGUGUUCUAAAAGUUUCAGUCGCCGUUCGGACCUCAUAAAGCAUCAGAGAAUACAUACUGGAGAGAAACCAUACAUAUGCAAUCUGUGCAAUAAAAGUUUUAGUCAAAGUUCGGACCUCACCAAACAUCAGAGAAUACAUUCCGGUGAAAAGCCCUACCACUGUAAUAGAUGUGGCAAAGCCUUUAGUCAGAGUUCCGACCUUAUCCUUCACCAUAGAGUCCACACGGGAGAAAAACCAUAUGCAUGCCCUCAGUGCACCAGAAGUUUCAGUCAGAAUUCAGACCUUACUAAACACCAGAGAAUCCACACCGGAGAGAAACCAUACAAGUGUGAUGUGUGUGGGAAGGCUUUCAGUCAGUGCUCAGCUCUUACCCUUCAUCAGAGAGUCCACACUGGAGAGAAACCAUACCCAUGUGCUCAGUGUGGGAAAAGCUUUAGUAGGCGCUCUGAUCUCACUAACCAUCGGAGAAUGCACAUUGGUCAAAAACUACAAAUAGGAUAGCUGUGAGAAAUCCUUCAGCACUGGCCAAUCUUACUGAACCUCAGGGGAUGCACGCAGAAGAGACGCUCUACCCUCAUGUUCAGGGUUAGCAGACAUUUUAACAAACCUGAUCUUGGUAACUUUAAGAAACCCAUUCUAGCCAGGUGGUGAGAGUGCAUGCCUUUAAUCUCCGCACUCGAGAGGUAAAGGCAGGUAGAUCUCUGACCUUGAGGCUAGCCAGAUCUACAGAGUGAACUCCAGGACAGCAAGGCCUACAUAGAGAAAGCCUGCCUCAGGGAAGAAAAAAAGAAGGAAGGAAGGAAUCACAAGGAGAGAGAGAAAGAAAAGAUCCCUUAUGAGGAGAAGACUGCAUAAAUGUGAUAAAUGGGGAAACCCUGUAGUGCUCAAAUUUGAUACCACACUAGAACAGAAGUCUACCAAUGAUAUAGUGGCCGUGACAAAGGCUUUAAUCAGUGUCCAACACACACUCCACUUAAAAGGACAGGAAAUGAAUUUUAUAACAUUUAGCUUGAGCUCAGAAUUACUAGUAUUAAGGGAAUUCUAAGGAGCUCCGGAGUUGUGUGAAAACCUUCAUUGUUCACAAUUUAAAAAGAAUGACUCGAUAGGAAGAAAAUAGAAAUCCUUACCUUUUCUAUAAUCUAAAAAUUCUCUUUUAUUGAGACAAGUCACAGAGAUAGCAUUAUAAAGAUGUAAGGCAUCAGUGCACAACUUACCAUAUUUUAAAAAUCAAUGCGGGCCGGGUGGUGGUGGCACACGCCUUUAAUCCCAGCACUCGGGAGGCAGAGGCAGGCGGAUCUCUGUGAGUUCGAGGCCAGCAGGCUGGACUGACAGCCUCUAAAACAAUACAGAGAAACCCUGUCUCGUAAAACAAAAAACAAACAAACAAAAAAUCAAUGUGGAAAGUCUCAACCCUGUGGGAAAUAUAUUCAUCUCAGAAGCAGAAACCUUUACUAAGUCUAAAUUUCCAGCUGCGUAUCAGAAGUUGUCUGAGAGGAUGUAGGGAUGCCUUAAAUCCUGUAAUUAAAAUGGCAUUACUACUGACGUCACACAUAUCCUCUGGAAGGUGGAGAGUUGUGUCCUAUGCUCAAAUUGAGUGUCUCUAAAUUCCCUGUGUAGCCCAUGGCACUUUGUCUCACUAGUUUGGUGGUGGUGGCCUAGUUUUGGUUUUCCUAGGGUGCAUGAGUUCCCAUGGUGUACACAGCAAUACUAGUUGAACUUUCAGUAAAGCAGACCAAAAUUUUAUUGGUCUGAAAUCAUUUCACAGCCUCUGAACACAUGAAAAAAAUGAAAGCAUAAUGUGAAUAUUUUUCCACCUAUUGAGCAAAAAUGGUAUUUACGGUACUGGUCUGUAAAUGUAGUAGUUCCACAGUAUCCAUGGGAGAUAUGUCCCAAGGCACAGGACUUCAUGAAUCAGCUGAUAAUGUUGCUGACUUCAGACAGACUCUGAAGAGGCCACGUGCAUCAUCUUGGUGUUCGCGGUAGGGGGGUCCCAGUUCCCAAUUAACAGCUCCAAACUUUGAGUGCAGUGACUUACAUCCUAGUGUUGGUUUCUUCACGGCUCUUCUCACAGCCAGAACCAUUGGUUAGCACAAGUUCUUGCAAUUUUCCCAACAGACGCUGGCUACCAGCCAUUCUCAGUGCUAACAGUUCUGAGUAAACCAGCCAGCCUGCUCUACCCAGAACUCAUAAAUAUGCAAAAGCAACCGGAAGAGACGCCGUUGGUACUCAUGCUGCAGUAAUGCAUGGGCUGCUGAGAGGAGGAGAGUGCAGAUUAUAUAGACAAAAGGAACAGAUGCCCGUACAUCCAUGGUAUCCUGUUGACAACUGCAGAUCUCAUGCAGUUGUGGGCUGUGAGAGGGGGGGAGGGCCCUUUGUGGCUAUGGAGGCAUCGAAUGCAACGAAAGAACGGACGGCAGCAUCAGCUGGCACACAUGCUGUGUAGCCAGAGCAAAGGUCUCUCGGGUGGUCGUGCAUUUCGGGAGAUUGGGGCUCUCUUUAUCACUCUGUCAAUACUGCGCUCCUAACACCAUCCCUUACCUAAGCACUUACCGCGCACUUUGUCCAUAACUUGUGUUUUGAGAUGUCAGAGUAAUAAUAAAUUUCCCCUUCACAGUUUCA